AAAAACAAAACACAGAUACUAGCUCAUAGCUGUAAUGAAACUACACCAAAAAAACUUAGCUUCCGCCGAAAUUACCAUGUGUAGCUUACAUUUCUGGGAGGUGAAUUAGCUAGUAACGCGACAACUAAUGUUGACAAACUAACCAGCUUUUAACAACAUGAAUUUAAGAGGACUAUUUCAGGAUUUCAAUCCCAGUAAGUUCCUCAUCUACUCCUGUUUGCUGCUGUUCUCCGUGCUGCUGUCUCUGAGACUUGAUGGAGUCAUCCAGUGGAGCUACUGGGCCGUGUUCACUCCCAUAUGGCUGUGGAAGCUGCUGGUCAUCAUCGGGGCCUCUGUGGGCACUGGAGUCUGGGCGCACAACCCUCAGUACAGGGCUGAGGGGGAGACGUGUGUGGAGUUUAAAGCUAUGCUGAUCGCAGUGGGGCUCCACGUCCUCCUGCUGAUGUUCGAGGUGUUGGUGUGCGACCGAGUGGCGAGAGGAAACUACUUCUGGCUCCUCGUCUUUAUGCCUCUGUUCUUCGUGUCGCCUGUUUCUGUAGCAGCCUGCGUGUGGGGGUUCAGACACGACCGCUCGCUUGAGCUCGAGGUGUUGUGUUCAGUAAACAUCCUUCAGUUCAUCUUCAUCGCUCUGAGGCUGGACAGGAUCAUUAACUGGCCAUGGCUGGUGGUGUGUGUCCCACUGUGGAUCCUGAUGUCCUUCCUGUGCCUUGUUGUCCUCUAUUACAUCAUCUGGUCGGUCCUUUUCCUCCGUUCUAUUGACAUCAUCGCCGAGCAAAGGAGAACUCACAUCACGAUGGCGAUCAGCUGGAUGACAAUCGUGGUCCCUCUUCUCACCUUUGAGAUUCUUCUAGUGCACAGGCUGGACGGUCACAACAGCCUGAGCUACGUUUGUGUCUUCGUCCCGCUCUGGCUCUCUCUGCUCACACUCAUGGCCACAACGUUUGGUCAGAAAGGAGGAAACCACUGGUGGUUUGGCAUCCGUAAAGACUUCUGCCACUUCCUGCUGGAGCUCCUCCCCUUCCUGCGAGAGUACGGUAACGUCUCCUACGACCUCCAACGCAGCGAGGACCCCGAGGCAGCCGAAGACCUGCCCGUUCCCGAGCCUCCCCCAAAGAUCGCCCCCAUGUUCCACAAGAAGACGGGCGUGGUGAUCACACAGAGUCCUGGGAAAUACUUUGUCCCGCCCCCUAAACUCUGCAUCGACAUGCCGGACUAGAGCUCAGAGCCGCCGGGGCAGAGACUGCUGUACUGAUGCGUUCAGGCUCUGAAGCCAGAUCAGCAGAGGACACUGGGUUUGGUUUUUAUCUGCUGUCCCCUCACCCAAAAACUCUGCAUCAGCGUGGCUGCCUGAGGUGAGACAUGAGAACCAGAAACGUUGUGGAUUAUUAACUGAUCCAGGAUGUUGGCGCUGCUUUCAGCGGCUGUUUUGAGGAUUAAAUCCUGGAACCAAAACAGAGGACUGUGUUGACUUUCACCUGAAGUUUCACUGUGUUCCUUCCUCCCACUUUAACCAAUUUGAUGAAGUAAUUUUAGGGACAGCAGACGCUCUCAGAUCUGAGACUGAAACUAAACAGAAGAGCUGGAUCUGCCUGGACUUCCUCGUCUUUGACUCUGUUAACGUAGAUCUCUGAGGUGUGAAUGAAUGAAGAGGACUCCUGCCUUUCUUUGAUGGGACCACUGGAGAGAUGCUUUAGUUUAAAGUGGGGGAUCCGUAUUCUUAAAGUUCUCACUCUUGACCACGCAAGAGAAAGCAAAGAGGCGGGGUUAAAGGAAAGGUUCCAGUUUUUCUCUGGUCUGUUUGGCAGCGCUCAAAUGCCCACAUGCAUUCAAGGAGUUAUAGUAGCGUUGAUUAUUCCUGCUUUUUCCCACACCAUGAGGUGAGCUCAGUAUUAACGUCAUUGUUGAUUGAUCACCUGAUUGGGCAAAAAGGCUAAACAGUUUCUUUACCUAAAGCCUGACAGAGCCUUUUUAAAUGUACGUUAUUCCUCAGACAAAAAACAGUUGAUAAUAAAAGAGGAAAAAAGAAAACCGGAAGUAUGACAUUAAUGUACAGAAGAAAGAUGAGGGUAGAUCUGUUCUGGACCGUCAGAUUUCUGAGAUCAUUGUCAAAAUUCUGAGAUUAGCGCCAGAAGACUAAGAUUAAAGCCAGAAUUUUGGGAUUGAAGUUGGAAUACUGAGAUUAAAGCCAGAAUUCCGAGACAAGAGUCAGAAUCCAAGAUUAAUGUCAGAAUUAUUGGAAUUCUAAGAUUAAAGUCAAAUUGUGAGGUUAAACCCUGAUUUUGGGAUUGAAGUCAUAAAUCUGAGCUUAAAGUUGGAAUUCUUUAGUUAAAGUUUGAAUCUCAGAAUUCUAAGAUUAAAAUUCUGCUUACUGAGAUGGGACUAAGAAUGCUGAGAUUAAAUCCAGAAUUUUAAGAUUUAAGUCUGAUUUCUGAGAUUAAGUCAGACUGUUAAAUUUGAAAACGGGAUUCAAAGAUUAUAGUCAGAAUUCCGAGAUUAAAAUGGAGAAUUCUUGGAUAAAAGCUGGAAUUCUAAGAUUGAGGCCAGAAUUUUGGAUUUGAAGACAGAAUUCCGAAAUUUUAAAUUGCAAUGUUGAGAUCAAAUUCUGAAUUCUGAGAUUAAAGUCAGAAUAACAAGAUUAAAGUUGGGAUUUUGAAAUUAGGGUCUGACUUCUGAGAUUAAAAUUGCAGUUCUUUAGUUAAAGUUUGAAUUCUGGGAUUAAAAGUGAGAAUUCAAAGAUAAAAUGGAUAAUACUAAGAUUAAAGGCAGAACUUUGAGAUUAAUCUCAGAAUUCUAAGAUUAAAAUUCUUAAAAAAAUGCAAAAUUCUGAGAUUAAGUGCAGAACUUUGAGAUUGAUCUGAGAAUUCUGAGAUGAGUAGUUAUUCUGGGAUUAAAACCAGAAUUUUGGAAUUUAAGACAGAAUUCUGAAAUUUGAGUUGGAAUUUUGAGGUCAAAAUCAGAAUUCUUUGAUUAAAGUCUGAAUUCUGAAAUUUAAGUUGGAAUUCUGAGAUUACAUUUGGAAUCCUGAGGUUACAUUCAGAAUUCUUACAUUAGUCUCAGAAAUCGGAUUAUGAAUUUGAAAUCUUUUGGUUGAGAUCAUGAUGUCAUCAGUCUGUAUUAGCGGUCUCUGGUAGUUUUGAAGAAUCAGGAUAAAGCAUGAAGACUAACAGAAAGGGUCUGUGCAGAGCAGAGGAGGCAGAACAGUGGCCAAAGAUCAGUCUCUCAACAAUGUAGCAUUUUUUAAUCCAUGUAUAAAAAACUUCCUUUAUCCUUCUGAGUUUUCUAUUCAGACCCUACCAAACGCCCACAGCACGAUAGAGAAAGACUCACGCCUGUAGCCGAUUACACAUUUGCACUCCUGAAAAUUUCUAGAAAAAGGACGUAAGGCUAGAAGUGAAACAGACCAAAAAAAAUGUGAACCUUUCCUUUAAAAAGAGACCAGUAGAAGUGGCACUUUGUUAGUCUGUUGCAGAGGAGUCCUGUCUGACCUGUCCGUUUUUUAUAUUCCUUUUCUUUCCUUGUAAAUAACAGAAGUUUCAAACUUAGGGACCAGAGGUUAAAACACAUUAAAAAGAAUAAGAGUAUUUACAGAAUAUCACUCUCUUCUAUUUCAGUUGAACACUAUAUUUAAACAGGAUGAUGCGUCAGAUCACUGAUGAAGAUUCUCAUAUUAUUCAGUCUAAACCUGCCAGUAUGAGGACAGUCGCAGUGACAGAUGCUGUCAGCUUUCACGCCUCUUCUCAUGUAAACAUGUCGGCUGUAGCAGGUUACAACACUUUUAUAUCCACACCCCGUUUAAGGAAAGUAUUACUCCUGAGAUUCCCAGUUUGUAUGUGUGCACAUUGUCCAGUCUCAUGUAUUCAACCAGUAACUGACAAGAAAAACAAGCCUCUUGACUGCUGGAGCGUCCGGCUUGCUGUGUUUUUAUUUUCUACAUAUCGACAUCCUUUUUCCAUUAAAUCUGAUGGAUUUACUCAUUACUAUCUUUAAAUGCUGCGAGUAGAUUCACAUGAGUUUAUUCUGACCACAGAUAAUGUCAGGUUUUUUUUUCAGAUAUUUAUUUUAGAAUUAAACAGAGAAAUCCUCCUUUAAACAUCGUUAUGUUACACCAUGUACGUUUUUACAUUGAACCAGAUGAUGUUUGAGUUUCUGCACUGCAUUGUGGUCUGUUGAGAAUAAAUCAACAUCUCUGCCCCUCGUAUCAAAA